UGAGUCGGGGUGGGGUGGCCGAGGACGCCGAACGGCCGCCCGCCUGCUGCCCGAGCGCGACUAGGAGAGACAAAGAGACCUCGGCCAGCCUGGGCUCCCCUCGAAGGCUCCCAGGGUAAUGGCCAGGUCUCCGCGCGCCCCCCUUCUCGGGAGCGCGUCCCUGUUCCUCUGACCGCCCUCCAGCCCCUCCACCCCUCCAUCCCCUCCCCGUUUCGGGUUCUCCCUGCACUCCCAGUCCUCUCUCCACUCUGUCUGUCCGUCUGUCCUGGCGCGCAACCUCCGGCCACCGGCUUGGAUGGACGCGCACAGGCUGCCCGGGUGCCCAGUGGUUUUGCUUCCGAAGUUGGUCUUGCUCUUUGUCUACGCAGACAACUGCCUUGCUCAGUGUGGCAAAGACUGCAGAUCUUAUUGCUGUGAUGGAACCACGCCCUACUGCUGCUCCUACUAUGCCUAUAUUGGGAAUAUCCUCUCGGGCACAGCAAUUGCUGGCAUAGUGUUUGGAAUUGUAUUCAUCAUGGGGGUCAUUGCUGGAAUUGCCAUAUGUAUCUGCAUGUGCAUGAAAAACAACCGUGGGACCCGGGUGGGCGUCAUCAGGACCACCCACAUCAAUGCCAUCUCCUCCUAUCCUGUGGCACCACCCCCCUAUAGUUACGACCAUGAGCUGGAAUAUUGUGCAGACUUGCCUCCUCCGUACUCCCCGACCCCUCAGGCUUCAGCACAGCGCUCUCCACCCCCUCCUUAUCCUGGAAAUUCAAGGAAAUAAUCCUUCUCCCAGAACAGAAUAGGUGCCAGUCAGAGAUCUUGCCCAGAAUAAAUGCCUCUACUCAGAAACAGAACAUCUCAGAAACAGGAAAAGAUUGCUCUAAGGAAUACUCUUUGGGGUCAAAUACUAUGUCAGGUGGAAUGUCCAGGCUAAGAGAUACAGGGCUUCUCCCCUACAGAGCUGACCCCAUCUGGAGUAUUUUGUUGGUUCAGUGGAACCACAUUUGAAGAGCUCUACUGAUCAACGGAAGCACAUUCAGAGAAGAGUAAUGAGAUAAACAAAACAUCUGAAAAUCAUGUUGCUUAAGGAACAGAUGAAGGAAGUUGCAAUAUUGAUCCUGGAAGAGAGAAGAUUUAUAUAAGACAGGAGAAUAGCUUGGACUACAUAAGAAACAGCUAUAUUCUGUGUUCUUUAAAAGUCAGAACUAGAAUUCCCAUUCUUUGGUUCAACAAUAAAGGCAGAUUGAGUGCCUGAGGGCCUACUCUGUGCCUUCCGCUGUGUGAAGCGCUGGAUGGAAACUACAAAAUGGGAACUUUGGUUUUAGUAUAAGAAAGAGCCAUUGGAGCUUUCUUAUUGACUAGAUUGCUUUGUGAAGUUCUCGUUACCAAGACUUCACAGUGAACCUGGCUGACUAUCUGGUAGAGAGACAUGCUCUAGAAGGGAUGGCUAAAUCAAAUGGUAGAUGGGUCGAUUGGGCCCCAAAAGUUCUGCUCAUGUCUUAGGUAGACGUGAGGUGAAUUUCUAUGCCUCCCAGAAUGGAAACAACAGGAAUAGUUGAAUCUUAUCUAUUUAAUUUGAGAGUUAAAACAGGAUCAAAGGCACUCGAUAGAUGCUUGAAGCCAAGAACUCUUCAAUGCCAGCUGCUGCCACCUAAAAAUCACCUGAUUUAGUGUAUUAUGACAAAGCUCAUUCCAACUGAAAAAAAUUGUAUCAAGUUCCACAAGCAACAAAUACUUCACUUCUGAUUAAAAGAUGAGAAGCCAAAUAUUCCAACCAGGCUUUAUAUCAGGGAGUAAAAUCUCAGAACUUGACCAUGAAGAUA